AUGUCUACCCUCUUUGGCUCGGCGGCCUCGAGCGCCUCUGCGUCGACGACGGUGGGCGACCUGAAGCAGGACGUCGCGCUCAGCGACCCGCCGACGGACAGCAUCUCGGACCUGGCGUUUUCGCCGGCGCCCAACGGGCCUGACUUCCUGGCCAUUUCCAGCUGGGACAACAAGGUCCGCAUCUACGAGAUUGCGCAGAAUGGACAGAGCCAGGGACGGCACGCGUUUGAGCACAGUCAGCCUGUGCUGGGCGUUGAUUUCUCAAAGGACGGCACAAAAGUAGCCUCGGCGGGCGCGGACAAGAACGUCAAGGUGUGCGAUCUGGCGUCCCAGCAGGACAUUGUCAUCGGCACGCACGACAUGCCCGUGCGGAGCGUGCGCUUCUUUGACAGCGGCAGCGGCACCAUGGUGGUGUCGGGCUCGUGGGACAAGACGGUCAAGUACUGGGACCUGCGGCAGCAGGGGCCGGCGGCGACGCUGGCCUGCCAGGAGCGCGUGUACACCAUGGAUGUGCAGCAGAACCUGCUGGUCAUUGGCACGGCGGACCGGUACAUCAACGUGGUGGACCUCAAAAACCCGACCAAGUUCUACAAGACGCUGCAGAGCCCGCUUAAGUGGCAGACGAGAGUCGUCAGCUGCUUCCCCGACUCGACGGGCUUCGCUAUCGGUAGUAUCGAAGGCCGAUGUGCCAUUCAGUACGUGGAGGAGAAGGAUGCUUCCUCCAACUUUUCAUUCAAAUGCCACCGCGAUCCGGCCGUCAACAACGUGGUCAACGUGCACGCCGUCAACGACAUCUCCUUCCACCCCGUACACGGCACCUUUAGCACGGCGGGAUCCGACGGCACGUUCCACUUCUGGGACAAGGACGCCAAGCACCGCCUCAAGGGAUACCCCAACGUGGGCGGCAGCAUCACGGCGACGACGUUCAACAAGACGGGAAGCAUCUUUGCCUACGCCAUUAGCUAUGACUGGAGCAAGGGCUUCCAGCACAACACGCAGAACUACCCGAUCAAGGUGAUGCUGCACCCGGUGAACAAUGACGAGUGCAAGCCUAGGCCGUCGGCCAAGAAGAGGUAA